GGGACACCGCAAAAGGAUGUUGUAAUAAAACCUGAUGCCCCAAACACGUUACUUUCAGAGAAACACGCGGACUACAUAGCUUCGUAUGGAGCAAAGAAAGAUGAUUAUGAAUACUGUAUGUCGGAGUAUUUGAGGAUGAGUGGUGUUUACUGGGGGCUGACAGCAAUGGAUCUCAUGGGGCAGCUGCACCGAAUGAACAAAGAAGAAAUUCUGGCAUUCAUCAAAUCAUGUCAACAUGAAUGUGGUGGAAUCAGUGCCAGCAUAGGUCAUGAUCCUCAUCUUCUGUAUACUCUCAGUGCUGUCCAGAUUCUUAUCUUAUAUGAUAGUCUCCAUGUUGUUGAUGUAAAUAAAAUUGUUGACUAUAUACAGAACUUGCAGAAAGAAGAUGGAUCAUUUGCUGGAGACAAAUGGGGAGAAAUAGAUACAAGGUUCUCUUUCUGUGCUGCAGCAACUCUUGCACUUCUGGGAAGGCUGGAUGCUAUUGAUGUGGGGAAAGCAGUAGAAUUCGUUUUGUCCUGUAUGAACUUGGAUGGAGGAUUUGGUUGUAGACCGGGUUCUGAAUCACAUGCAGGACAGAUCUAUUGUUGCACAGGAUUUCUGGCUAUAACAGACCAAUUGCAUCAAAUAAACGUUGACCUGCUGGGUUGGUGGCUUUGUGAACGUCAGUUACCUUCUGGAGGUCUCAACGGACGACCAGAGAAGUUACCUGAUGUGUGUUACUCGUGGUGGGUGCUAGCAUCUUUGAAGAUGAUUGGUAGGUUACAUUGGAUUGACAGAGAGAAACUGCGCUGCUUUAUUUUGGCUUGCCAGGAUGAGGAGACUGGAGGAUUUGCUGACAGACCAGGAGAUAUGGUGGAUCCAUUUCACACCUUAUUUGGAAUUGCUGGACUAUCUUUAUUAGGAGAAGAACAAAUUAAGGCCGUCAAUCCUGUCUUUUGCAUGCCAGAAGAUGUCCUUCGAAGAAUAAAUGUACAGCCUGAGCUUGUGAGCUAA